AUGGAGGCUUCAACAAUUAAAAACAGAAUUAAAAAUCUGCUGCUGCGGUCGCCGUCUGUAAAGCUGAAGAAAAACCGAGGGCUGGCCAAAGAAAACAUGACUAACAAGUUAACUCUGGAAAGAGUGCUUGGUAUAACUACAUCUGGAAGUAGUGGACUAACAUGUGAUCCUUGUUCUGGGACUGUUGCCUAUCCGGCUGGGUGUGUAGUAGUGCUACUUAACCCAACAAAGAACCGACAGCAGCACAUAAUCAACAUGUCCAGAAAAACUAUAACCGCUUUAGCCUUUUCGUCAGAUGGCAAAUAUCUUGUUACAGGAGAGUAUGGUCACCUGCCUGCAGUGCGGGUUUGGGAUGUGGCUGAUGGCUCUCAGGUGGCAGAGCUACAGGAGCACAAGUAUGGAGUGGCCUCUGUGGCCUUCUCUCCAAACAACAAAUACAUUGUUAGCAUUGGCUACCAGCAUGACAUGAGUGUCAAUGUGUGGGCAUGGAAGAAAAAUAUGUUGGUGGCUGCUAACAAGGUGUCCAGUAAGGUGACAGCUGUGUCUUUUUCUGAGGACAGCUCCUACUUUGUGACAGCUGGGAACAGACAUGUCAGAUACUGGUACCUAGAACCCUGCAGCUCCACCAAGCAGCUCACAGCCCCUGUUCCACUGCUUGGCCGUUCGGGCUUGUUGGGGGACUUGCAGAACAACAACUUCUGCGAUGUAGCCUGUGGCCGUGGUAGGAAAUCUGAGAGCACCUUCUGCAUCACGUCUUCAGGGCUGCUGUGUGAGUUCAAUGAGAAGAGGAUGCUGGAUAAGUGGGUGGACCUGCGGACCAGUACAGCGAGUUCUCUUUUUGUCACGGAGGAGCUGAUCUUCUGUGCUUGUGCUGAAGGAACUGUGCGAGUGUUUAGUCCGUCUGACCUGCACUUCAUCUGCACCCUGCCUCGGCCUCAUCACCUGGGAGUCGACAUAUCGUCUGUCACCCAGGCCAGUCACCUGUUCUGCAACAAACCAGAUGUGCGUUAUCCUGACUCAGUAGCAGUGACUUAUGACCCUGUUAACCUCUGGCUGUCAUGUGUAUAUAAUGACCACAGCCUGUAUGUGUGGGACGUUCAAGAUUUGCAGCACGUAGGAAAAGUGUACUCUGGUCUUUACCACUCUGCUUGUGUGUGGGAUGUGCAGAUAUGCCCUGGAGCUAAAGAGGAGCCACUGACAGGGCUCAAUUCUUCAGGGCUGUUCAUCAGCUGCUCUGCAGACAGCACGGUCCGCAUGUGGAGCACAGAGCCACACACCAACCCAACCAGUAGCAAUCUUCUGAGCAAUGAUCUACGGAAGGUGAUUUAUACAGCCAGUAACAGUGCGUGCCUGCUGGACAUAGAAGGAAUAGGCACCGGCUGCACAGAGAAACCAGAGGAGCAGUCUGCAGAAGGCCAAACGGGCAUCAGGACCAUCUGUGUGAGUCCAGAUGGCAAACAUCUGGCUUCAGGAGACCGGAAUGGCACACUAAGAAUUCAUGAACUUAACACCAUGGAGGAGAUCCUUAAGGUAGAGGUGCACGACUCUGAGAUCCUGUGCCUGCAGUACUCCAAACCUGAGACAGGAAUGAAACUGUUGGCGACGGCAGGUAGAGAUCGCAUGAUUCAUGUACUGGAUGUUGAGGAAGACUACAGUCUACUGCAGACCUUGGACGAACACUCCUCCUUCAUCACAGCUGUUCGAUUCGCCACCAGCGAGGGAAAGGUGAGGAUGGUCAGCUGUGGAGCUGAUAAGAGUCUGUACUUCCGCACUGCCCACAGGACUUUUAAAGGAGUAAAAUUUAAACGUACACACCAUGUGGUGAGAAAGAGCACACUUCAUGACAUGGAUGUGGAUCCCUCUUGCAAGUAUGCAGCUGUAGGCUGUCAGGACAGAAACGUCAGAGUGUUUAACAUAAGCAGUGGGAAACAGAAAAAAUCCUUUAAAGGCUCUCAGGCUGAAGAUGGCAGCCUUCUCAGGGUUCAGAUUGACCCUUCUGGCCUGUAUGUGGCUACCAGCUGCUCAGAUAAGAAUCUCAGCCUGUUUGAUUUCCGAACCGGAGAGUGUCUGGCUUCCAUAUACAGCCACUCGGAAGGCGUAACAGGCAUUAAAUUCACACGUGACUGCAGACAUCUGAUCUCCGCCUCAGGAGAUAGCUGUAUCUUUAUAUGGCGCCUUGCUCCUGAGUUGACCAUUAACAUGAGGGAGAGGAUGGAACAGUUACACUGUCAAAGUGGCCCAGCUUUCACAGAUUCAGAGAGCAGACGGGCCUCUACAAGCAGUCUGGAGAUGAACAGCACCCUGUCUCUACCAAUCUGUAUAUCUGAGAGUGAGGAAGAUGAUUACAAAGAAAAAUUUGAGGAUAUCCAUAUACCGGAUGACCGCAAUGUACCACAAAGAUCGUUAGACGAGGAUCAGGGUGCUUCUGAUGACACAAAUGACUGGGACACCUCUAAGUUGCAGGAGUCAUCUUCAGGUUCGAGCACAUCUGAGCCAUCUUUGCCUGAGGUUCCACACAGGCGAAAACGCUGGAACUGUAGGAUGGGUUCUUUUGAGGUGAUGGUGAAGUCCAUGCUGGAACUUCGGCAGUUUGACUCAUUUUCUAAGCCUGGAUCUCCCCUAAGGAGCUCCACUGGUCAGCUCUGCCACCAGGCCUACGGCAGAACUACCAGCCAUCACAAAGACACUAAGUGUAGUAAGAAACUGGAGGCUCAUCUUUACUCUUCCUGGGUGGGUCCUGCCUCAUCUCCUGAACCUGAGGGUGUAAUGCUGAGCUCAGAACUAUGCCAGAGCAGCCACAGCUCUGACAGAGGCAGCUCCAUGGGCUACGCCAGUGGAGGAUCCAGCCCAGAGCACGCCCAUGAAGGCUUAGAUGAUCCUGAGUCACUCAGUACUGAUGAGGAAGAUGAGAAAGCAGCAAGAAAAAGGCAGUUUCACAAACCAGAGAGCCCUGAACAAGAGAGUUUCCUCAAAAAUCACUUUGAAACACUGGCUGACGCUAGAAUCUCGGAGCCAAUUGGUAAAGGUGCCAAACCUCAGAGAAGCAGAUCAGCGUGCUUCCUUGCCCAAGGCUUCACCCCUAGGAGACUUUCCCAGUUCCACUGCAAUUCUAUCAAGAAGUCUGUAUUGAAGCCGCUGGUGUCCCCAGUACGUCCCUUACAGAAGGACAACAGUCAGGGGACGAAAGUGGAACAGAGAUCAGACUCGUGCAUUUUAGAGCAGUUACACUCAUCCCCCAAAAGGAGAAAAACUUGUAGAGUGACGAAUGUGACAAGCCCAACAAUGUCCAGGGUGGUCAGCCCUGUAGACAAGCCACUUUUUAAAUCCAUGUCAGCACUGAGCAUUACAGCAAACAGUCGAAAGUGUGUAACCACAUCCCUUUUGAAGCAAGCAUCGCGAACUUCCUCAUCCGAGCUACAUGCAGACAGGAAUGAUUUAAUAUCCCAGCACCCGUCUUCCACAGACUCACCAUCUGCCCAGCCAUUGGAAAGCCCAAACACUAUCCGACGUCUCAAAGUGCGCUCAUACAUGAGUCCCACCACCAGCUCCAGAGCCAAAGUCAGCCGCUCCAUGUCCCUUAAAGAAGGUCUUCAUCUGGACCUGUUCACUGGUCAAACAGCUCCAUCCCCACAGUCAUCCCUUACUAGUCCAUCUCGUGCCAGCUCACCUAUUUUGCCAUCUCUAUCUGCCCCUCUCACGGGUAUGUGCGACCCAGUCGAAUCAAAAUUGAGCCAUGGUGGAAGUCCUCCAAAUCCAAAUGCUAAAGUCAUCAAGUCCCGCGUCUCAACAAGAAUGAGUAGCCCGUUAUUGGAGUGUCCCAGUAGGCCCACACCUGCUCCCAGUACAGUCUCUGCUGCAGGCACAAACACUGCAGUUCGUCAUGGUGACAAAUUCUAUACCAAGAGUCAGGUGCAACCUACAAAGUCUGUGUUCCCUAUUCCUGUCUCUCAGUCUUUGUCUAUAACAGACUCUCUGGGCCCUGAAACGUCAACCCACAACUUGCAACACCCUCUAGUGGAUAUCCAGGCAUGCAAUAAGACACGCAAGAGCCAGUGUGAACAAGAGCCCUUGAUAAACCUAGAGACCUGCAGACAAGUUGCUGCAGAGCUGUACAAUUGUGUGAAGAAGGCCAUUCAAGUUUACACCAUGGUGAGCUCCUGUGGUGGAAAUGUUGGUUUGGAUCAGAAGGAGAUGGAGCAUGUGCUGAUGGAGGCAUUGUUCAUGGCACGUUCCGAGCUGGAAGCUGUUCCGGGGCUCAAUCCGGCGUCAGGGCUGACUGUACUCAGUGAAGGUGAAGAGAAGACAAUGGCUCUGUUGGAGCAGUACUCUCAGCUUCUACUGCAGUCUGUAGAGAAGAGACUCGAACACAAAAUCUAGUCUAAAAAAUCUAUUUAAUAUCUAAUAUUACUAACCUGACCUCAUUA